GAUCUGUACCGACGUUUUUUUCUUCUUCUUCUUGCCGACCGAUCACCAAAUUGAAAGCCGACCCAACGACCACUGCUUCUUAAAACUCACAAAAGCUCGUUCUACCGGCCCUUCUCUGCUAUGGCAGCUGCGGCUUCAACGGCGGCGGCUGAGAUAAUUGAACUACCUCGACCACGAGACAAGCUCCCAGUGAACCUAUCUCCGGACUCUGCUUCCUGCUACCCCCCCGAAUCAUCUUCUUCCUCAGCCGACCGCAUAUCCGAUACCAACGAGUCUUCUUCUUCGCCCGACGGUUUCCACGAGGACGUGGAAAUUCAGUCAUCUGCAUUAUUGAGAAGUGAAGAAUACCGGCAGUUCUUCCGCCUGCCAUCGGAUGAAGUCCUUAUUGAAGACUUCAAUUGUGCUUUCCAAGAGAACAUACUAAUUCAGGGCCACAUGUAUCUGUUCGUGCACUAUAUCUGCUUUUACUCCAACAUCUUUGGGUUUGAGACGAAGAAAAUAAUCCCAUUACAAGAAAUAACAGCUGUACGUAAAGCAAAGACGGCUGGGAUCUUUCCUAAUGCCAUCGAAAUAUUUGUUGGAGAGAAAAAGUACUUCUUUGCAUCUUUUCUAUCUCGUGAUGAGGCCUUUAAUCUCAUUAAUGAUGGCUGGUUACAACAUGCUAAAGGUACCGAAGCAAUUAUGACAAAACAGAAAUCAAUAAAUGAAUCUAGCAGACAAGAAAUUGGUAUCCUCGGUGUUGAGAAGGCCAAGGAGCUGGAUCCUUCAGAUUCUUCUGACAGGAGUAUGAGUACUCCUAUUCUUAAUGUUUCUAUGGUUCAAGCUAAUGUUGAAGAGGAAAAUGCGCUACCAGCAGAACCUAUCGAUGCCAUUCAGGAAUCAGAGCCAAUUCUUGACACUCAUGGUUCAACUUCAAGAAAGACAUUGACGUGGAAGCCAGAAGACACAGAUGCUCCCAAGGUACCAGAUUAUUAUACCCAAGUUGCAGAAUCAAAGUUUCUGAUAAAGGUGGAAGAUUUCUUUAGUUUCUAUUUUUCCGACAAUGCAGUUGAUUUUGUUUCUUCAUAUCAUGAAAAAUGUGGAGAUAAAGAGUUUAAAUGUUCUCUGUGGCGCCACGAUGACAUGUUUGGGCAUACACGUGAUAUAUCAUUUCAACAUCCGAUAAAAAUAUAUUUUGGUGCAAAGUAUGGUGGCUGCCUGGAGAUUCAGAAAUUUCGAGUUUAUCGAGACAGUCAUUUGGUCAUCGAGGUAACACAAGAAGUUAGUGAGGUUCCAUAUUCAGAUUAUUUUCGUGUUGAGGCACACUGGGAGGUGAAGAAAGAUGUCGAUGAUGAAUCAAAUAAUUGCUGCAUCUUGAGGGUAUAUGUGAAUGUGGCGUUUUCGAAAAGAACGGUUUGGAAAGGGAAAAUAGUGCAAUCUACUCUUGAAGAAUGCCGAGAGGCCUAUGGAAUGUGGAUUCAGAUGGCAAAGGAAUUGUUGAAGCAGAAACUUAAAGGUUCUGAAGAGGGAACAAGUGGUAGUACAUCGCAGAGUGGUAAAGAUCAUCAUAUUGAAGAAGAAAUAAAUAAUAGCAAAUCAUUGGAAAAGUCAAAUGAGAAGAAUGACCAAAGAAGAGUAACUGAAUCACAAUAUUCCACCGAUGUUGAUCAACAAGCUGAAAACCUUACUCAAGGAGUGGAUUCUACUUCAGCUGCUUCUUGGUUAAGAGUUUACAUGAAGAAGCUUUGGUCUGUGUUACGAAGUCAAAAUUAUCUUCCUCUUGCCCUAGUUAUCACUUUUGCUGUGAUUUUUCUAAUGCAGUUGAGCAUAGUAUUGUUAUUAUCCAGACCCCAACACAUCCAUGUGAGUUCUCCCGACUACGGAAGGGGUCUAAAAUUUAGUGGUGGAAGAUCUUCUGAUGCUACAGCGUGGUUGGAAAAGCGAAUGCACCACCUUAAGGAUGAGAUGUACAUGGUUGAGGCUCGGCUAGAGAUGAUGCGACGUGAGCAUGCCCAAUUAAAAGCACAGCUAACAGAGCUUGAGGAAUUAAGUUGAAAGGUUUUCUUCUUCUUAUUAUUAUUAUUUUCAAUUUCUCAUUGAGAUUAAUUGGUAUACGGUUCAUCUAUGGAAACAUCAUCGAUUUGUAUGAUUAUUUCAAUGAUUGGAUAUGAUAUAACAAAGGGGAAGGGGAAACCAAGAAUUGAAAUAUGUAAACCAAAAUGAUUAUUGGUCGAUGAACCAUGGCAAGAAGUUGGAUUAGGUGUGAUACAAGAUGAAAUGUCCUCCAAAAUUUGAGUUUACUAUCAAGUCUUCAGCAUGAGUACUCUGAAGACAUUAUGUUUAGAUGUUCCUGUACAAUAAAUACAAGUAUUGACUUCAAUCUACGAAUAAUACGACAUAGAAGUGAGAGAACUGAAUUUUUUAUCUCGACCA